CCCCACCCGGGCCCCUCGGGGCUCCUCCCUCUGCUGGACCACAUUGAAAUGGCUCUGAUGUUGUUGUCAAACAUUACAGUGUGCCAGUGAGCAUCCUUCCUCAGGUCCUUCAAAGGAGCAUCUUUACGCGGCAGAACACGCGGAGGCAGAAAAUAGAUCCUUUGCUGUACAGUUUUAUAGCCAAACAGAACCACGUUUUAACUUAAGUAUUAUUACCAUCACUUGUAUUAAUUAAUAUAAGUAAAGAUAUUCGUUCCAGUACGGCUGGAAAACAUGGGACGGCAACGUUUCGCCUCAUUGUUGCUCCUAUUCUGCUUUCUUAUCCAGACAAGUAAGUUCCUUCAAUUUCACCUUCAAUUACGCCUUAAUUAGCUUUUUUUUCGCUUUGGCAUCCGUGGUAACCUAAUUUAAAGUCAAUGUUUGAUGUUAUGUGAUAGAUAUACUAGGUUAAGUAGCAUUUAAAAUGUGGUUUUCAUCAAGUGUAUGGAGGUGCGGGUUUAAAUUGCCCACUCCUCUGACAGCACAGGAUGCAAGGUGAUGGGGGGAGGGCGCAAUUAUUUCCAGAAUGUAGGUCAAAUCUCUGUCGCCGUCCCGGUACAAUGCAUAUUUUGCCCCCGCUGAACCCAACAUAUUCUACUCUACUAGCUCUAUCUGCAAAUCUGUGGGCUUUUAUGUUGAAUUAGACAACAUGCUCCUUAAGACUAGUUUAAAAAUGUACUAAAACUCCUCAUGCAACAGAUUUUUAAAUGUGGUGCUCUUUUACACAAGAAAAAAAAUACAGUUUGACUCUCCUACCAAUCAGUUAAAUUAAUUUGUCUUGCAUAAAUUGCCAGUUUUACGGCUACGUCUUUGUUUUUUGGAGCUGAUUUUUUUGUCUUUCAUUGACUGGCGCUCAGCAAGCCGUGCGACCAAUGAGCUCAGAGCAUUGUGAAUACAGUCUGUGCAAAGAUGUCAAGCGGGGUUUCUGAAAAGCCGGUUUUGAACCCCUUGCUAUUCAUAAUGUGGGAAAUGGGCGCCACUGAAUAAAACCCAACCAGGCAGACAUGUGCGUGAACUUGAGUUUGACCAUGUAUUGCAACUGUUUUCAUGCUGGCCCCUCUCCACAUGAUGCAAUGUCCAGAGUGUUUGCAAGACCCCCUUUUUUCCCCCCCAUCACCUGAAAUGCCCUGUAUUGUGGGAAUGAAUGGACGCUCUCCAACUUGUCCGCCAAUACAAACACACUCUCAAACCGUCUCUCAGCAGCAGCAUUCCUCAAGUUUCGAGGUUUUACACCCACUCUGGUGUGGAGUCAUCGUCAAACAGGUUCCCAGUAUAUCGGUUCUGAGAAACGAUGUGUGGUGAAACAUGUCAGAACUGGUUGUUGCCCCGCCACAUUUCCACACCAGUCUCAGAGAUGUGGUUGGCUCUGCGCCCCAAAGGUUGUGAAAUGGUUGCGUUCCCAGAAAUGGCUUUCCUGCUAAUUUAUGACCUUAAAGUGAUUUCUGAUAAACAAGGGUCAGUUUCCUUGAGUUCCUAAAAAAAAAAAAAGAGCCUCUUUCGUCCCCCCAGUGGACAGGAAUUAAAGGAACUGGACGUCACAGACUGGGGAACAAACAGAACCCGCACUGAUUUUGCUCUGAAUCAAUAAAGCUGCCAUUUGGUCCAGUUUGUCCGCUGAGGUCUGAACUUUAAGCCACUUGAGUAAAUAAGCUGGAGUUGAUUUUAGGUAACAAUUCGGUGGCUUUAGGGAAUGACACCUGAGCUUCAAGAAGAAAAAUAUCAUGUUUGAGUUCUUCGAUGAAAAGAAAUCUAAUUUUAGAUGCAGAUGGUUUGAUCUCUUUAAACUAUAUUUGAUCUCUUUUGUAUUAAAGUCUUGUGGGUCACAGGUUUUGUUAUUGUUUGGUGAGGGCAAUAAUCCAAACCCUUUCACAUGUCAUUAUGAAAUGAUUCGUCUAACCGUUAAGACUAGAGUUACUUCACACGCUGAGCUGUAAACCAGUUUUGAACCUCAAUUAAACUCAGAUUAAGCACUACUACAGUGGUCUAAAAUACUCCUCAACUUGCAGGGGCCUGAUGAGGGAUUUUUUUUUUUUUUAAAUGAGCUUUAAACUGCUGCCAGAACUUAUCUAUGACUGACAACACCAGAUGUUUGACCUCAUCGAAAGGCAGCUAUGAUUUAUUUUGCUCUGAGACAUACAUAAAUUAUGAUAUCUCUCUUCCCUGUUCAUUUCUAUCGAGCACAACGUUAUGAAAAUGUGUGAACCCGCCCCUAAAUAUUCAUUUGAUUUGAUAAAAGCUUAUGUGCUCUCAUUGUUUGAGACAAUACUUAAUGCCUACCUGCUCCUGGUGUGUUAUUCUUGGGAUAAACACCUCCCUGUGCCCCCUUUCAGAAACAGGUGGCGAUCUGGGAUUUGAAGCCCCUGGGGCCAGGGGGAGGAAUGGCCUUGAGAAGCUUUUCAGAAGUUCAGCCUCUCUAAUGUACAGUCUAAUUGGUCCUUCCAGUUCAGUGGCUUUAUCGAGUGCAUUCAAGAUGGGGGUUGGGUGGGCGACCGUGAACACAUGAAUAUUACAUUUCUGUUGUGGUUAUAGACCUCACAUAUCAGCAGCACCUUCCUGCUAAAGGCUGUUAUCGUAUGUACAGUAUCCUUGUUUGACUCGUAGUUGAACCAUUUAUCUGCUCUGUUUAAACAAAGGCCAGGCACGUGUGGGGUUUGUUCAUGUGUGUGUCAUGGCAGAGCGAUUACCUCCCAGACCCUUUCUCCUCGUGCAGAAAAUUUAUCACCAUCUUUAAAGGCAUGCUGCUUACUCUGUACAGCGUCUUUGUGUCUUUGAAAAGCGCUUUACAAAUAAAAUGUAUUAUUAUUAUUAUUAUUAUUAUAACUCCCCCCCAUACAGUGAUGAAACCCAGCUGGAGAUGUCCAAGUGAGCCAAAACAGACAACUUUAGGUGAUGGUGCAAAGUAUGUGCAUAGACAGUCAUGAUCCUCAGAAUGAAUCUGAUUUUAGUUAAAUCGCAAUUAAAUAUAUCACUUAUGGUUUAUUUUUGAACCCCUCCACUUUUUUUUAACACUACCAACAACUGGACGAUUUCUUUCUGAGGGAUUUCUGAGGGUCUAACAUGGCUAAAAUGCUGUUUAGUGGAUCGCCACAUAAUUUGGUACAAAAAUUUGGAGUCUCCAGAUGAUGAACACUACUCACUUUGGUGUUUCCCCAAGUAUUGCAGCCCAACUAUGAGGUCCAAAUUUGUCAUUUAAGUAAAACACCUUAAAAACAGCUGAAUAGUUUACUUUAAAAUUUGAUGCAGACAUUCAUGGUCCUCAGAGGAUCCCCAAAGUUUGAUGACUCACUGGAGAGUGUUGUCAUACGAGUAGCAGGUUGAAAUAUCUGCUUUUUUGCACAUUUUAUAAAUAUUUGACUUGAUUGUGGUCAUUAAAGUCAAUCAAGAUAUUGGUAACACUUUACAAUAGCCAUAACUUAUAAAUGGUAAAUAGACCAUUUAUUAAUGGUAAUCUGAUAGUUUAUUAAUGUUUAAUCAUCAUUUAUAAAUAGCAUAUAGACCAUGGAUAAAUUGUACAAUUUUAAAAACCUAACCCUAACCUUACAAUAACCAUCUAAGUAAUGUUAAUAGGUGGUUUAUAAACCACUUAUUAAUCAUUUACAAAGUGCUACUGACACACAUUUAAAUCUAGAUGUUUUACAACCAAUAUUUAAACCCUAUAUAAAUUUUAAUAAAUAGUUUAUUAAUAAUUAAUGAAAAUUAUUAAUCAUUUAAUUGCUUGUUAAUGGUAAAGUAACUAUUAACUUACAUUAAUAAACUAUCUCUUUGCCAUUUAUAAUUGGUCUAUAUGCUUUUUUAAAUGACGAUAAAACAGUUAUAAACUAUCUAUUUACCAUUUAUAAAUUAUGCUUAUUGUAAAGUGUUACCAAGAUAUUCAUUCAUUUGUGAAUCCUUGAACCCUCCCCUGCAAGCAAAUCUGAAAUUUCCUGUUUCACUUAAGCACGCUGAAACAUUAAACAAAGAUGCUGUACAUGUUUCUCAAUACUCUUGUUUAACCAUGUCCUGUAAGAGCAUGCUUUGAUUCAACUGGACUCCCUUUUUAAAAGCAGCUCUUUCUGUGUUUAUGGAGAGUCAUCCUGUACUGGCUCAUGAUAGACACUAACUUAAACAAAGGCCCUUGAAGUUGAACUGUGUGUUUAUGUCUGUGUGUCAUAGAUGCAUUGACGACAUGUGGAACCAGGCAGUUCCAGUGUGGGAAUGGGAGAUGCAUUACAAUCAGAUGGGUGUGUGAUGGCACAGAUGACUGCGGUGACGGCACAGAUGAACUUCCUGAGGCCUGCUGUAAGUAGCCAAUGCUGCUUAACGUUACAAAAGUUGUGUAAAAAUACCACACAAUCCCUGAGUGUGCUUAAACUUUCAAAUUAAUGGCUGUUUUUUGGGGGGGGUUUUCCAGCUGCUAGAACAUGCAGAUCAACAGAGUUCAGCUGUGCAGACCGCCUUAACCAGUGCGUACCGAGUAGCUGGCGCUGCGAUGGAAAAGCUGACUGUGAGAAUGGAGCUGAUGAACAGAGCUGUGGUAAGUGGAGCCAACUCCAGCAUCUGUCAAACAGGAGCCAUGUUUAUUUAAUUGCUCUCACAAUCAGCAGUGCCCUUCUAUUUCCUUUACGAUGUUCUUGGUCUUAGUAUGAAUUUUUCUGCAUGUUUCUAUUUCCAGCCCCAAAGCAGUGCACCACCACAGAGUUCCGCUGCAGAAACAACCAGUGCAUCUCGUCCGCCUUUGUGUGCGAUGAUGAAGCUGACUGUGACGAUGGCAGUGAUGAGGCCUCCUGCCCGCCUGCCACCUGCAGCUCCUAUUCCUUCCGGUGCAACAACACUGUUUGCAUCCCAAACUUAUGGGCCUGUGACGGUGACGCUGAUUGCUCCGAUGGCUCAGACGAGUGGCCCCAGAACUGUGGCCCAAAAAAAGCUGAGACCACCCCAGUUCAUAGGUGCUCGUCCUUAGAGUUCAAAUGUGGCAGUGGGGAAUGCAUCCAUAGCAGCUGGAGGUGUGACGGAGGUGCAGACUGCCAUGAUCGAUCAGAUGAAGCUAACUGCGGUAAGGUAGCCAAGGAAACCCAAUCAUCACCCAUAUUAAUAUGUCAAUUUUUACAGCCAAUACUACAGCCUGUAUAAUUGUAGCUCUAUUCUGAUGUGAUGUUUUAGUAGGAGCACCUCAACUCAACCUUUUUGUCUUUUUUUGGUUGGGUAAAAGUUGAGUUGAGCAGGCACUUCUGAUUAGAUGACCACCGCCAUUGACAUUUUCCCUUAGCCAUGGCUUACACUUAGUUCCAUGUGCCUUACAAAUCAAAGAUGUGACAGGAAGCAAUCUGCAGACAGAAGACAGAAGCCAUCCAAGCUGAAAAUAAAAUUAUUGUGUUUAGACUAUCAGCUGAAAGAAGAACUGACAACAUACAGUGUGCUGUAAAAUCCACUCGCACUGUGAGACCAGUAGCUUUUUGUUUAUUUGUUUCUGCGACACUCAGGAGCUUUUCUAUCCCACAGAGAAGAUUUGUUUUCAGAGACAGAGAGAUGUUUAUACACAUCAUCGAAAUAGUUCAAUUUAUUUUACCUUUGCUAGAUAAUUUUCUGCUGAGUUUCAAUUACUUCCUUCUUCAUUGUUCUCAUGCACUGAAAUUCCAACCUGUUACAUCCCAACAGCUCGCUCCACCUGCCGUCCAGAUGAGUUUGAAUGUGGCGAUGGCACUUGCAUUCACGGUAGCCACCAGUGCAACCAUCAGUACGACUGCAGGGACAUGAGUGAUGAGACUGGCUGUGUGAACGGUAGGAGUCACCUCGUAAAUGCUUCCUUCUCUGGCUGCCAAUUUAGCCUCAAGAUGACUGAUUUAGUUUGUGGCUGUAACUGGAUCUUUUGUUUCCGUGUCAUCCAUCUCAUGUCCAGCAACCCGCUGUGAGGGCCCCACAAGGUUUAAGUGCCGCAGUGGAGAAUGUAUCAGCAUGGAGAAGGUGUGCGACAAGCGCCGUGAUUGCAGGGAUUGGUCGGAUGAGCCUCUGAGAGAAUGUGGUGAGUAGAGAGGCGUCCCAUUUAUAACUGUCAAGUUAAUGACUACUUUUAUGGUUUUAAUGAGGGUGUCUGCAGCUCAAGAGUGCUACUUUGCAAAAAAAAAAAAAAGAAAAAUAAACCCUAUUCUUCUUCCUGCUGCAGGCGCCAAUGAAUGCCUUUACAACAAUGGUGGCUGCUCUAAUAUUUGCAAAGACCUGAAGAUCGGCUACGAGUGUCUGUGUCCUGCUGGAUUUCGCCUGGUUGAUGAUAAACGCUGUGAAGGUACAAACUUUGAAAACAUUUUCUCCAAGAAAACAUCUGACUGUCUAAUCAUCACGUUUUUGGUUAUCAAGCUCAGGUGUUAUUGUAAUAUUAUUUUUAUAAUAGCACACUGCUGGCUGUUAUCAAUGCUAGGUGAAAACUGAAGAAGGUAGUAAGCCUUUUUGUGUUUUAACAAUAUAAUUACCAACUAAUUUGACACCAUUCAAUCACUUUGAAGCUAAAACUACAGUCAUCAUCUAGAUGGUAACAGGCCAUCAUUUAAGCUAAAAAAAAACAUAUACUUGCUUAUUCAAUCACCUCUUUGCUAACUCUAGAUCCUAGUGUACCUUUAAAUGCAUGUAGUAUGACAUAAUACCAGGAUUUGGUAUUCUAACCUUUGGCAUGUGAAUAUAGUCAACGUCAACCAUGUACUUCAGCCAGACAAACAAAACCAUGCCAACAACUCUGCUUACUAUUUCACAGUCUUACGUGGCACUCUCUUUGCUGUUAGAUAAAGAGAGAUUUCAUCAUUUUUAUUGACAUAGUUACUCACCUUUUUUCGUUCAUUGUCGUGUUUGUGUCAUUUUUCUUGUAGAUAUCGAUGAAUGUGCCGAACCUGACACAUGCAGUCAGAUCUGCGUCAACCAGAUGGGCAGUUAUAAAUGCCAGUGUGAGGAGGGAUACCAAGUUGACCCAGCAACCAAAACCUGCAAGGCAGUCGGUAAAUAUCUGCCCUCUGUGUUCUGUCAACAUUUUUUGUCUCGUUGUGUUUAAUAGAAAUCUCAGAUUUACUAAAAGCAUAACAUUUAUCUCUUUGUACUGCUGCAAUGAAUUAGACUGGGGCAAGGUUUAAAUCUCAGCUGCUUUACAAGAUAUUUUAGUUUUAGAAAGGGGAUGAAUCUAUUACUAAGAUAUAUUUGUGGAUUUUUUUUUUUAAAGCUCUUUCAGGUUUUUUUUUUACAUUGACAUGUAUUUAAAGAAAAACAGUGAACUAUUAUUGCUUUUUUGCUGCAUCUUUACACAAAAAUGUGUUUGAUGCCGGGGAAACAAACUUCAAAUCUCAGCAGACUCUGAGAUUUGAAGAACUGUAGCUUUUCAGUGUUCUGAUGGCGACUUCAAAAUAAAAGCACCAUCACUCUCUUCAAACAAACCAAUUACAAUAAAUGUAAAAUUAAUACAAAUAAAGAUUCUAUAAAUGCUAAAUACAAGAAAUAAAUACAAAAGAAGAUUUGUUUUGUUUCAUCAGCUAUCAUUUUAUAAAAGUGAUCAUAGAAAUAUUGAGAAAUAGUUACUGCAUGGUCAGGUUGAAGGAAGAUGAUUUUAUUAGAUUUGUUGGACAAACUUGGAUGUUAACAUUCCUCCUCGACGGAGAACAAUUCACAACCAGAAAUGAUGGGUCAUUUUCUCAGAAUCUUGAAUUAAGAGAUGUCACCUGGCAUCACCCCUUGCUAAUUAUCUUUGUGGAAGUGUCAACUCUAAUGAAAUUAUGAACUUGACAGUAUUUUUAGGGUCAACAAGGAUACAAGACUUAUCAAAUAAUGUUACUGCCAUACCAACAGAGCGCCCUUGUCUAUUAAACAGGUACAAUAGCCUACCUCUUCUUCACCAACCGUCAUGAAGUCAGAAAGAUGACUCUGGACAAAAGUGAGUACACCAGAGUGAUCCCCCGGCUAAAGAACGUUGUGGCUGUCGACAUAAACAUCGCCACAAAUGAGAUUUACUGGUCUGACAUCUCCUACAAAAAGAUCUACAGGUGAGGAAGGGAGAAAUCUGAACCUUUACUUCUAGAUUCCUCUUACCCCACCUUCAUGUGAGCUUUUUUAUUUUUUAUAAUCUAGAGCUCCGAUGGACUCAGCUGACAACCCAGCUUAUCACAGCGAAGUCAUCAACAGUGAUGUUGAUGCUCCUGAAGGGAUCGCCUAUGACUGGGUCCAUAGUAACCUGUACUGGACCGACAGCAUCCGCAGCACCAUCUCUGUGGUGACCGCCGAUGGAAGCCGCCGCAAAACGCUGUUCAGGCGAGACUUGUCAAGACCACGAGCUAUUGUGGUGGACCCCCAUAACAAGUGAGACAACAGUCUUUUUGGCUUCCUGUCUGCUAUCUCAAAAAACGUUUUUAAUCAAUCAAUCGAUUCAUCAUUUCUUAUUUCAUCUUAAGUCAUCACAGGAGUUUUCUUAUAGCAUUAGCAUUAUGAACCAUUAUUCAGAGCGAGUCACAUUUAUGCUUGUUUUGCCAUAUAGAAUAACCCUAAACUCAUCCACCAGUUAGCUAGCAUUUAGCACCUUUUAACAGGUAAAAAGAAACUUAGAAGUACUGAUUGAUUUAAGGGUUUCAUCUGUAUCCUUAUCUCUGUCUAUCUAGCUUCAUUUACUGGACUGACUGGGGGAAUCCUGCCAAGAUUGAGAAAGCCGGUUUGAACGGUGGAGACCGCACUCCUCUCGUUACCGACAACAUUGAAUGGCCAAAUGGGAUCACACUCGGUAAACUUCAAAUUCUAUUUCUUUUUUUUUAUUGUUGUUUUUAUCCUUAAAAGAUAUGAUUAUUAUCUGCCUGUUUCAAUUUGUUUUAAAUACUUUUGUAUAUCAUCUUUAUUGGUGUUUUCAAUUGUAAAAAAUGAAAUGAAAGGGAUAAUGAGCGUGUGAUUAUGCAAAUUAGAAAACUGAUAGAGAAAAAAACAUCAACAUAAAACUAUGGGGUAUUGCUCACUAUGUGGGGUUUUUAGUUAAAUAACAGCCUGCGCUCUAUACAUACAUUAGCUUAAUAAAUGGUGUCUGACUUAAGAUACAAAGAAGUUGUUUCAAAAUAAAGAUUUAAAGAGGAUUUAUCUAUAAACCUUCAAAAUCCUCUGCAGUGGAUAACAUUACCAUGACAGAUUCUUAUGAGUCAAAAUGACACAAAAUUAGACACUUCCUGUUAUGGUCUUCAAGAAUAUUUAUGUAGACAUUUCUGUCCUUCUCCACUGAGUUUCUCUGUUGCACAUCAAACAUAAAGUAAAUGUCAACUUUUAACAUUGGCACUGUUAUCACAACUGCUGUUGGUUGAAGUUACAACUUAGAGAUGUUCUGUUACCAUUGCCUGGAUUGCAGGACAUGGUCUAACCUUUAAAAUAUUAUGCAUUUGGUUUAACAAUUAAAGAAUGCUAAUAGACACCAGCGUUUUUGCCACAGUGUCAACAGGCAGAGGUGAAACACACCCCAGAUUUGGUUUAUUUAUCAAACAAAACUUUUUGUCUAAAAAACUCGAUGAAGCUCCUCCAGAUAUAUAAAAAAAACUGCAUGUAAGUUUUUUUUUUUUUUAUGGCAACACACACUGAUUCUUGCUGUGUAAUUUCCCCCCCUAUAGCCACUUCCUUCUCAGCUUUGAAGAGACACAGGCAUUAACAUGCGUGCAAACUCUUCUCAGUUAUAAAAUCUGGUGGCUUGUUUAGAUUUGUUAUUAGUACCCAGAAUGCUUUACUUCUGCAAACAAGGGAUCCGCAGUUUUGUUGUUCAGCUAGCCAUGUAAAGAACCUCAUCUCAGGAAUUUUAAACCUUCCUUGAGGAAUUUCUAACAAUCCUAUAAGCAGUGAAAGGUGUUCCUUCAGCAUUGUUUAAAUGAAGCAUGUGUCUGGAAUAGAGGGAUUAAAGUGUUAAGGUUUAGAUGGUCUGGCCUAAAAUCUACUGGUGUUGUAGAAGCUUAAAAUUAUGUUGCACCAAAGUAGUGCAGAUGAUAAUAAAGGUAUAAAAUGGCAUUUAAAAAAUCUUCUAUUUGUUACAUCCUGCACACCGUAUCAACGUGCACCAGGCUUUAAAUAAGUCAGACAGGUUGUGCUGCCAGCAACUUUACUGCGCACCUUUACAACACCUUGGAGUCUGUUUUGCUUUAGAGGUCAGUGACCCAUGCCAGCAGAGACAGCGGAGAGUGAGAACAGAUUCAGUAAAACAUUUUUCAUUGAAGUGUUGGCAUCACAUAAAGUCAGAUGCUUCCAAUAAAAUCUAACCCACUGAAACCCCCUCCUCUCUUUUUCAUUCCCCUCCCCAGACCUGGUAAACCAGCGGCUCUACUGGGUGGACUCUAAGCUGCACAUGCUCUCCAGUAUCGACGUGCAGGGCGGUGGUCGUCGCACCCUCAUCAUUGACGAGCACAACCUGGCCCACCCGUUGGGUCUCACAGUGUUUGAAGUCAGUGUUUACCACCUGAUAAGUACCCUGUUACACAUUAACCAGAGCAUGGCAAACACAACAUGCCAGUAACUUCUCAUGACAUGUGUAGACUGUUUUUAUCUCAUGUCACUGUUGCUGUAUCUCCUGGUUGUUGAUGUUCGGUUUCACUAUGUGCUUCCAGGAAAGAGUGUUCUGGACAGACGUCAGUAACAAUGCCAUCUUCAGCGCUAACAGGUUGACAGGAGACGAUAUCAGACCUGUGGCUGAGCGCGUGACAUCACCAGAGGACAUUAUCCUCUAUCAUAACCUCAAACAGCCUGCUGGUAAGAAACACCGUGUUCAACAUAUUCACACAUUUUCUGAGGGUGGGGGGCUCAAACUGUUACUUUUACGGAAUGUCUACCCAUCUUUAUAAAAAUCACAGUGUCUCAAAUGAUCAGCAAUAAAAGUCACACUAAAGAGCCCUACAUUAACUCAUGGGAAAAAAACAAAACAAAACCAAAAACCAAUCUCCACUGAUGUUUGUGGAAUUUUCUGGACUUGUCAGAUAAAAUGCUGUUUAAAUGAGGCCUUACAAGACACUUUUUACUAGAAAUGAAAGAACAUUUUUAAGUUUCAAGAGUCUUUAUUCAUAAACUCAUGGAAAUAAUAUACAGAAGACAGUACACAGUAUAAAGAACAAAAGCAAACAAACAGAUAGUUGAUGCAAUUAAAAAUAUGUUCUGUGGGCAGCUAAAUGUAACUGUGCUCCGUUUCCCAAAUAAUUAAGAGUCACUCAAAGAUGGUGAAUUAUAUGUGGCGGCUGAAUAAGACUUUAAGUAUGACCUAUUUUCAUUGCAGGGAGGAACUGGUGCCAGGUAUCUGGCUGUGAAUUCAUGUGUCUGGCAGCUCCUCAAGUGGGCAGACAUCCCCCCAAAUAUACCUGCGUCUGUCCUGAUAACAUGAUGUUGGCCCGGGAUAUGAGGACAUGUGUACCAGGUAUGUGAAUCAUGAAAAAGAAAACACACAGUAGAGGAGUACUGGCUCACUGUUUCUGUUUUAUUGAAGGAAAAUUAAAAAGAUACUGGACAUAUUCAUUUGUCUUGACCGCGACUCUAAUCUUACUUCCUCCCUGUUUGUAUUUCUCAGCUGUUCCUACACCUGAACCCCGAACACAGCCUCCACCUCCAGCCAUCAGAACAACUCGCCAGCCACCAGUACCAGAGACCACCACUCCCAAACCCCAGGUCCGAACCACACCCAGACCCACGAUCAACACCACACCUAAGCUCCAGGUGCGCACCACCACAGUGCCUGUCAUCACCACCAGAGCUGCGACCACCAAACCUGCCAUCAGAACCACCAGACCCCCUCCAAGAACCACCACGCCAGAACCAAGAACCCAGCCACCCAAACCGACAGAGCCAAAGAUCCUCCAGACCACGACUGCAGCUCCAGUCACCUCUGCAGGUGAGUUCAAGAAUCACUGAGUUUGAAUUAAAUCUUUUCAUCAAUAUUUUUUCCCUGUUUUUUUUUAGAUUCAGUUCGUAAUCAAUCAGCAGCUCAUAUCCAGACAUGUUGAAUGUUCAGGAUAUUAUCAAGGGAGUUCACAGUUGUGUUAAUUUACAUUAUCCUAUCAUAAUGAUUUGUUUCAUAUUGUGUCAAACCAAAUUAUAUGAAAAGACCAGAAUAUCACAGCAUCUUUCAAGAGAGUUUGCAAUCAAGCCAAGUGAGAGUUUAUUAAUCUAUCACAUUUCAAACAACUGUUGUCAACCAAAGUGCUGUACAGGCUGAAAACACACUAACAAUUUUGACAAGAAAACAUGGGAUAAAAGACAUAAAAACAUAAGAAAUAUCACAAGUUGGAGCAAAAUUUGGUUGCAAAUAAAGUGUCAGGGUGUCUUAUUCAACUGUUAGCAAAAGCCAACGCAAAGAGCCAUCGAAUCAUAUAGUGUCCCAUCAUAUUGUAUAAAAAGACCUGUAUAUUUCAUGCUUACAUGUGCAGGAUCAUGAAAUGGGAGUUUGCAAAAACUAAAACCACAUGGAAAAUAUUUAACUUUUCUGAAUACUGAUUUCCAUACUUUCCUGAUCAGGCACCAAAAAGUGUUUUUCUCUGGCUGAUCUAACAGACGGGGUAUGUUUUGGGGACACUGCUGAAGUCAAACAUACACAUCGUAUACUUAUUCAGGUCGUUGGGCUGUUCCAUGGAAAACAAGCAGUGAGGUCUUUAGAGUGCGUUGCCCUCCCGCUGACAUAACCUUAAGCCUCAUGUAUCAUUAACUUCUUUUCUUGUUUUCUCUCUUUGCUUCAGAUUCCAGACCUGAUUUUGAAGCGGUUGUACCCAACACGGCCUCCCCCACCCCUCUGGCCCUCUAUAUUAUCUUACCUUUGGGUGAGUGUCCUCUCAGACAGUACAAGGUUUUUAAAUAAUAACUGGACCAAUGACUUUGAUUUUAAAUUUCUCGCCUUUGUCUGCCUUUGAUAGUGAUCAUUUGUAUUGUGGCUGUCGGAGGAGUUCUGCUAUGGAGGAACUACAGGCUCAAGAACACCAAUACCAUUCACUUUGACAACCCGGUCUAUCAGAAAACCACUGAGGACCAGGUCCACAUUUGGAGGAGCCACAGCCCUGAUGGUUACUCCUACCCAAAAGUGAGUCUCCUAAACUAACAUCCACUUUUGUCACCUUUCCCCUCCUUUGAGAAUUGAAGCCUUACAUCUUUGUUUAAUUUGCAUCAUGUUACGUCUGACACCGUGUUUGUAUUUCCUUUUAUCAGAGACAAGCUGUGAGCUUGAAUGAAGAGGCAGACAACCCAGCCUUCACAGAAAACUGAUAAACUCAAGCAGAGUGGGAAGAAGAGCCUUCAUGAUAAGCUACCCUAGAGGUCCUUUUGCAUUCUUACCUCAUACUGCACAAAGAAAAGGGAGUCAAAGCCAAGAUGAGACAAGCUGAAACCACUAUAUCCUCACAGACAAACAAGCAAGUGCUCUACAGUGGAGACCAGGGUCGAACAGUUUUUAUUUCAGGUUGCACAUUUUCCUCCUUCAGGUUGACAACUCUUCCUCACAAAACCAUGCCAAAUCAACAGACAAUCUAACAUUUACUACCUGUUAUAAGUGGGAUAUUCGUGAUAUAAGUGGAGAACUGUGCCAUACUUAAGCCAAUGUGUCUUGUUUGCAUGCAUCUGUUCAUCUGAGCUCAUUUUACUGUGAAUUUUCUUGACUUUGUUAGAGAUAGAAUUCACACAUAUGUGUUGUAAAUAUCAGUGUUUGAAUUUUUGUAGGUUUGUGGUACAGUGAAAUAUGUUAUUUUGGCUAAGCAAAUAUUUGUAUGAUAUAUAUAUAUAUGAAGAUACAGCAACCAGCCAGCUUAGUUUAUGCCUCAUGCACAAGUUUCUAGAAGUUUUCAGAAAAAUGAGCUGCAUUUGUGAACACAAGCAGUAGAGUUUUUCACCUCGACUUCACCCACAAUAUUACCUGCAAGCACCGUCUUAUCAUUUUGGGGUAAAGUCUGUGUAAGCGCAUACCAAAACACAGCAGCAAAUCUUCUGGAUUAGCAGUGGGAGGAGCAGGUGGGGGAUGUUGAUGUGUUUUAGUUGGCUGGUGUUCUGUCUAGUUUUGCGACCAGGUUGAAAGAUUCUGCUCCAAUGUGAUAACAGUCCAUUAUCAAUGUUUUCAGGUCGUAAAAGGUUUUUCAGAAAUUUUCUAAAGGUCAUGUCUGAAAAGGGCUCUAGUUCGGUGAAAGAAAGCAGGGGAGUUCGUGAGCCUCGCUCUGUCAGUACGACAUAAAAAAAUACAGCAAGCAACAUUCCGCCUUAAAACCAAUGAUUGCAUGUCUUUUUACAUUUCAGUCAGGGUUUUUUUUUUUUCAGUAAACUAGGAUGUAACAUUUUCUACAUGGAAUUUUACAUCCUGUUGUUACUUGUAAACAGAGUAAGGCUGGCUGAUGACUGGUUCCCGCUUUUGAUGCCGAGUUAAGCUAAGCUAAACUUCGCUGUGUUUUGUUUACAUAUCCAACAAACAUAAGUGAGAAUCAAACUUAUCACCAUGAUGAGCUAAAGUCACUCUCAGAAAUGGGAUACUCUGACUGUUUUAGUGUAGCCAAGAAUGAACAAACUCAUAUUGGCAUUGACUUUUUUUUAAGUGAUUUCUUUUUUAAGACUGGACAAACAAAAUCCAACAUGUUCAGUAGGUAUUAAGUUUUGGGAAAGAUGGUUUGUGAAAUCUGGAAUCAUGGACAAAGCAUAAAACAGUUUUACAUGUUCUCUAGGCUUGCGCUAAAUAAAACCUGGCGUUAGCAACGACAGGAUUGAGCAAGCUAUUCCUCUUUCUGAGCCUUACCAAUAAAUCUAACAGAGCAGACUUUGAGUGAGAGCAACACUAACAUAGUCUUUAUGCUACAGUUCAACAUGUGUGACCUCGAUAAGAUUAUACAGGAGUUUUAUACCAGUUAUUGUCUCAGCAGUUGAAAGAAUAUAUCACCCAAAGGGACCUAAAGACGCUGCUGUAGUUGACCUUAACGGAUAAACAUGACACAGUGUUCCAGCCUUGAUUUAUCCUCUGAUAGCCUUCGCCAUAUGGUCACAACACACUCCCUGCAGCUGUCUGCUGCUGGGGAGUUUUAGCCCCCUUCUCCUGAUUUGUAUUCAACUGUCUGUACAUUGGUGGGCCUUCUUUAAAUUUUCCCUCUCUAUGCCCCUCCUGGGAGGGCCAACACAUUCCUGCAGACUACAAAGCUUUGAAGCAACCACGUGUGACCAAUUGGGUCAAUGCUACUGCUCUGUACGGAGGCACGUGUUUAUUUACAUCCUCCCUCAGGACCAGAACUUGAACUUGCCUUAUACCAGCAUUCCUUACAGAGGAGAGCCAUGUGCCCCCUUUAAUGUGUGUUUGAAACAGUAACUGUUUAGUUGUUUUGUGAGCAAAUGUGUGCCUUUUUAACAACAUAUUUCAUUCACUUGUUCAUGUUGCUGCUAUUGAACUCAGUGGAUUUGUGUCAGUAUGUCUGCCUGUUUACAGACAGCUGUUUGCGUUAUUUGGCAGUGUUACAAGCAGGUUACACUGAACAAAGAUAAAAAUAUUUGUAUUACUGGUUAAAGGACUAAUAAGGCUUUUUAUUUGGAAAAAAUGAUUUGUGUCAGUAAAACUGUACAUAUAGUCAUUUUACAUUCACAGACUAACAGUGCAGGUUAUACAUGUAAAUAUGAUGUUCAUAAAUGUAAAUAUUUGUUCUUCAAGCUUUUUUUGUAAUAAUAUCAGUGUUUUAGACUUUGUUGUAAACUUUGGACAUUUGGUGUACAUAAAUAAAUGCUUCUAUUUAUUAUAGAUUCACUUCUGUGUGGGCUCAGUUCAUGUCUAUCAACUGCUUAUACAUUUUACAUCUUACAGCUUAUAUGACUCUGAAAAACUAAAAGAGAUUUUAAAAUAUAAACACAUUACUUUAAAAAAAAGCAUUUCAUUUGCAUAUCAUUGGUUUCUUAUACGUACAUGAACUGGGUAUUACAUUUAACUGUCAGGUAUAGAUAAGUAACUUAUUUUGAGUUACUUGUUUGUUGGACUGCUUGCCUCAACCAUUGAUCUGUCACUUUUUGCUAAAUAAUUCCGCGCAAUUUCUUUAUAUUGACUCACUAAAACUAUUUGAUCUAUUUUAGACUUACUCUUUUCACUGUGAAAUAGUCCGUCAGCCUACUGAGUAAAUUUCAUUUGCAAUAUGGCCUUUGAGUUUAAAGGUUUUUUUUAUUAUUGCACCACUGGGGUUAUAGCCACGUCUUACUCUCUGUGUUGUUAUCUAGAGCUGGCUGAGGAACACAGCCGAUGAGGUUUUGAAAAAUGUUCAGCAGAGUAUUCCCUUGUUUCCAUCCAACAGCUUUGGUAUGCAGACAUGGCAGAAGACAUAAAGUGUGGCCUUUUUUCUUUUUUUUUUUUUUUGGCCUCUCCUAUUUUUACAGGGGAGGGGGGGCUGGUCGGGCUGUGCUUUUGUAGUUCUUCAGCGGAAAGCAAACCCUUUUUCUGGAAAGGUCAGGUCGUCACAUUGAAAGUCAAAACCACACACGUUUUCCCCAAAUUCUCCCACACUUAUUGAGUAAAAACAGAGUGAGUGUGUGAACAUCUGUGGUCUGUUGUUAGUUAUUUACGCAUCAAGUUAAAGCACAGUAUGCACAGUAGUGCUAAAAAGUUAGAAUUAAAGGACAGUAAGUGUGAACGAUGUCCGUUUAACAAUUUUUUUUCAAGAAAAAUAAGUCAGAUCAGGAUUGCAAUAGUUUGAAGAGUUUAAAUUUGUAUGUAAAAUUGGGUGAAUUUAAUUUAUAAUGAUAUACAGUCAUAAAAACAAUGUUUUAUGGGGGGUUAGAUGGUAAAACAAAGAAAAGAGAGAGAGAGAGGAAAACAAACCAUGUUUUGACCCUACCAAUCUGUGGUCAAACCUCAAAUAAGGCAGGUCAUGUGCAAAGUUCAAGGCAGGGUGAAGAGCGGAAAUGGUGGGCUGAUUACAGGGAAAAGAUGCAGUGACACAUCUAAAAGCAAACAGAAAACAAGCAGUUCAUGUGAACUUUUUAAUAAAUCUCUCUAUGAGUUAAUCUGAUAUGGUAGCUGCUAUUACAACAGCAAUCAAUGGCGUUACCUAAAAAUUUUGGUCCAUGUUAACAAGACAUGUUUUAAUUUAUGAUCCUAAAAACGCAUUUACCAUGUAAAACACUACCUACAUUUUUAAGUAGAUUAAAGAAAAAAGAAAACACCUUUAAAGGUCGGCAAAGUCAAUCACAUUUCUCAAAUUUUUCAAGAUAAAUGAAAAAACAAAAGUCAGGGGCACCAACUGGACUUUUCCUGACCUUUGCUCAAAUUGUGUUUGUGGUCCUGGAUGAAUCAGCCUCCUUUGGGGGUGGACACACACUACCAACCAGCCCACCGCUUGACUGGAGGCAUGACUCACCACAUCAAUAUUUACCCAAGGAUUUCAAUGAAAGAUUUAAAGUCACUAUAAAUUUGUGUUUUAAUUCUAAUAAUUUUUUAUUCUAAUUUUUUAUAAUUGGCCUAGAACGGGUCCUUGGGGUACACAGAUUUUCAGGUCUUGUUAUC